GAUUUUAUAACUAAAUACGAAAUUAGGCAGCUAUGAGCGUCCGCGAGAAGCUCUCCAUCUUUGAGAAUCUUCAAUCUCCAAUUCUCCUUUCUUCGUCCCAAGAAUCAGAUCUACGUGAUCAAAGUACUACAAAAAUUCCAAACUCAGAUCCUGUUACUGAUACCAGUAUGGUAUAUUCUCCUUCUCCUCCCACCAUGCAAGGGGAUAUAUCCAUGUCUGAGGCUACCCAACCUGGUAAUUUGGCAGCGUUAUCUUACAAAGAUAAACUCUUAUUUGAUGAGAAUCCUACAAUUGUAUCCUUUGCCACCACUCCAGGAUACAUGGAUGAGGACUCGGAUGUCGAUGACGAUCCGAAUGACCCAACUCCCAUCAUCUUGCUUUCCAAAGCUGAAAAGAGACGCAUAAGAGAGCCAUGGAUGAAUGCCCUCAUCAUCAAAGCCUUUCACUCCAAACCUCUUGGUUACAAUUAUGUUUUUCCAAGGGUGAAGGCUCAAUGGAAGCCAACAUUUAAUUCAACUACUACCACUGCUCUGUGGGCAAGGUUUCCAAACUUAUCGGCUGAUCAUUACGAUCCCACCACUCUUCAAAAAAUAGGAAAUGAGGUUGGGACACUUUUGCGCGUAGAUGCUCAUACCGCUCACCACACUCGAGGCCAAUAUGCACGGGUUUGUGUCCAAAUUGAUCUAUCUCGCCCAGUUGUGAAGGCUGUCAGAAUUGGACUCAAGGACAAAAUCCCCCCCACAAUCAAUGCUAUCUCGAACGCCCCUGCAGUGAGUUCUGAUCCCAAACUAGUUGAUGCAUCCAAUGCCCAAGAACCUGAGACUAUAAUUGAGGAUACAAACACAAAAAAUCUGGUUGCUCAGGGGGAUACUCAACAGGAUUGCACUGAUUUUGGCCCUUGGCUUCUUGUGGAACGUCGGAAGCCUAGAAAAAAAACCCCAGUUGUUGGGAACUCAUCGGAGAAGACAAUGGCUACUACAGUGCCUAGCUCAUCUCGUGGGUCUGGAGCCCCGAUCCGCAAACUGGGUCCGAAAUCUCAAUCUGGAUCUACAACCAAUCGUACUCUUCUUCUCAACCCAUUACAUCUUGUGCCCCACCUUCAUCCUCCCUCACUCAAUCCUCUCACUGCUCAUCGAUAUUUUCUUCUCUCUGUUCUCCCUCAACCCAUGGAACCCCUCAACUUCUUGUCCCUUCACCCAAACCUCCAGAUCUGCUUAGUAAGGGGCAACACCAAGAUUCGUCUGGACUAUGCGUUGGAACGGAUGCUAGCCGGUGUUUCUCCAAGGAGUGAGAAUUGGACAAUGCCACAGAUUUUGGAGGCAUGGCUCGCUCCAAUAAUCACCUGCAAUCAUAUGGAUCUACAGGGGAUUCUACAUCUUAUCCCAGCUCCAUCAACCGACCUAGCCUCAAGAGAACAGUUUCAGAUCAUGAAUCUAGAGUCGUCAGAAGGAGCCAAUAUCGAAGAGGACUUGGGCCUUAUCAUUCCGCAUCAAAUUUCCAGCUCAGCUUACAUGCCUCAUCUGAAGAUAAUCAACAUGAAGGGCAAGAUGGAACAUCUUCAGUUAGUGUCCAAAAUGCUCCCCUCGUUAUUUACGAAGACAGAAAUGGAUUACGAGACUCUCUUAAUCCCCUUCCACUUCUCCCAAGCGAGGUUCCUGUUCAAGGACCAGAGGCUUCCAGUGCCAAUCUUGGACUCGACACUAGCCCAGAUCCUACUAGGAAUCUCAAAUCAAAGUGAUUGGAUGGUGAAGAUCAUUUCAUGGAACUACCGUGGGGCAGCAAAACAUAAUUGUCAUAGCAGUGCCAUGGAUUUGAAACGCACUCAUAAUCCUGCUAUUAUGCUGGUUGUUGAAACUAAAUUAUCUGGAGAGGAUGCUCGAAGCCAAGUAGCUUCUCUUGGAUUUGCUAAAUCCUUUGUGGUGAACUCUAAUGGGCUUGCUGGAGGGCUAUGGCUUUUAUGGGAUGAUGCUGCGGUUGUGGUGGACAUUGUCUCCUAUAGUGAUCAAGCCAUUCAUGCAAUUAUUAAGGUAUGUAAUAACCCUUCUUUUCCUAUUGAUUGGUUUCUUUCUGGUAUUUAUGGUAGGCCCCAAAUAGCUACUAGAGCUCUUUUAUGGAAUGAACUAUCUACUAUUGCUGAAAACAUAUCUAUGCCUUGGAUGAUGAUUGGGGAUUUCAAUGACGUUUUAGACCAAAGUGAGAAAUUUGGUGGUAAUAGAAUAUGUCAAGCCCGUUUCCGGGCUUACUUGGAGUGCAUGAACAAUUGCAACAUGAUUGAUCUGGGGUUUGUGGGUAAUAGAUUUACUUGGAUUAACAUGAGAUUUUCGCACCAACUUAUUCGAGAAAGGCUUGAUCGGGCUUGGGAAAAUCCUGAGUGGAAAUUGUUAUUUCCUGAAGCAACUCUCUUUCAUCUUCCACGGACUAGUUCUGAUCAUUGUCCAAUCUUGCUUGAUCUUAAGCCCUUUACUCCUCGCACAGGUUCUAGACCUUUUCGUAUGGAAAAAUUCUGGCUUGAUCAUCCUGAAUUUCAAGCUCUUAUUCAACAAAUUUGUAGAUCUGGCCAGCGGGUGAAUCCUGCUAAAUCGAAGAUUUUCUUCUCCAAAAAUGUGUCUAUUAACAAUAGGGAGUCCCUUUCUACUAUCUUGGGCUUUCCUUGCACGGAGGACCUUGGUACUUAUCUAGGUCGUGUCACCCUCACUUCUUCGGUCUUAGCGGCUAUCCCUAAUUAUUAUAUGCAAACCAUGCUUUUACCUGCUUCAGUUCAUACUGAGUUAGACCAAAUAUCUCGAAAUUUCAUUUGGGGAUUAGAAGAUAACCAAAAGAAGAUUCAUCUAGUUGGGUGGCAGACUGUCACCCAACCUAAGGAUCUUGGAGGGCUGGGACUCAAAAGUUCCAAGGAAGCUAACGUAGCAGCAAUGAGUAAACUCAACUGGAGAUUGUACAUGGAGAAGGAUAAACUUUGGUGUAAUAUUUUUCGCAGCAAGUAUAAUCUCUCUGAUUGUCAUUCCCCCCUCCCUGCAUCUGGCUCUCCCAUUUGGAAAGCCAUUAUUAAGGGAUAUGAUAUUUUUAAGGCUGGUAUUAAGUGGAUUCCACGAUCUGGUGGGAAUGUGAGAUUCUGGACUGAUUGUUGGUGUUGUGAUAUCCCACUUAUUUCUUGGAUAUAUGGUCCUCAUACUCCUGGCUUCGAGCUCAUCACUGUUGCUGAAUUUUUCAAUGUUGGUGCAUCCGCUGCUGAUCUUAUUGCUUAUCCCAUUCCUAUCGACAUUGAACCCCUUAUCCAUGCUGUUCCUAUAUCUCUUUUUGCUUUAAGAGAAGACACUUUUGCUUGGGUUGGUAGCUCUAAUGGGUCUUUCUCAUCUGCCUCUGCUUAUUGUAUUACAAAGCAUCUCCCUCUUAAACCUUUGGAGGAUUGGAGAUGGGUGUGGAAAUCUUAUACUUACCCAAAAAUUCAAUACUUCCUUUGGUUGCUUGCCCAUGAUCGUCUAAAAUGCUUUUCCUAUUUACAUAGACUUGGUAUUAUCUCCUCUCCUCUAUGCCCGUUAUGUCAUUUGGAAGAUGAAACAGUUGAGCAUCUCAUUCGCUCUUGCCCUAUUUCUGUUGUUAUUCUUUCUGAUGUUCUCCCUGGGCAGUCCCUACCAACCCCUCCUUCUCGUGGAUCCUCUUUCUUUAAAUGGUCCAAACCCCUCUCUCCCUUUAUUAAACUUAACACAGAUGGCUCUGUCCUUGGGAACCCAGGUGGAGCCGCUUCGGGAGGUUUGUUUCGAGAUCAUAAUGGUAGUUGGAUUCUUGGAUUUGCCAGAAAAAUUGGAAUCACUAGCAGCCUUGCUGCUGAGCUUUGGGCUUUGAGAGAUGGCCUUGCCCUUGCUGUUACUCAUUCCUAUUCUCACCUAAUUGUUGAAACGGAUUCCAGUACUGCUUUUAAUUUCAUGAUGAAUACUGCUUGUGUUUCUCAUCCCCUCAGUUCUCUGAUCUUGGAUUGUAGGGAUCUCCUCAGACUUAUCUCCUAUGUUCAGAUAUUUCAUAUCAAGCGUCAAUCGAAUAUGGCUGCUGAUCAAAUUGCUAGAAUGGGACAUUCACUGCAGCAGGAUUUUGUUGUUCUUCCUCACUGUCCCGUUAAUGUCAAACUUUUAUGUAUUUUGGACAUUAUGGGAUAUGAAUUUCCCAGGAACAACUAGUGUAUUUUGUUUUGUGGUGGUUUAAUGAUAUCAUCCCCAUUUACCAAAAAAAUAAUAAUAAUAAUAAUAAUAAUAAAUGACAAUAAUCUGCUGGUACUCUGCUGUGCAUGCAGGAGAAUGCAGGUCAUCAAUCAAAGACUAUUUUAUUU